AGAGCGUGCCAGUUGCUGCUGCUCUCUAGUCUCUUCUGUGAGCAGCGGCGGCGGCGGCAAAAGGGUGUUUGUGGUCCUUGGUGUUGCAGACCCGGUUCUGGUCUUUCCAGCCAUGCAUCAAAAGAUUGUUGUCGAGAGCAAGCAGACUGGAUGCACGUAGCAAAGUCCCACUCAGCUUACAUAAUCACCUGAUUAGAUACUUGAUCAAACACCCUUACGACUCAUGUCUCUUGCAGAGGUAGGGUGUAAUAUUAAAUGUUUUGCCUGGCCUGGAUGAACACAUUUCUAGCGCACAAGAUGGUAUCUCAUUAAACACUACUCCUGUCACAGACCUAAAGAAGACAUCCCUUCAGUCAAAAUGGCAAAGUUCAGACUUAUCCUGCUGAGACAUGGCGAAGGGGCUUGGAACAAAGAGAAUCGCUUUUGCAGCUGGGUUGAUCAGAAGCUGAGCAGUGAUGGGGUGAAAGAAGCUCAGACCUGUGGCAGGCACCUCAAAGCACUUGGUUUUGAAUUUGACCUUGUGUUUACAUCCAUCCUUAGCCGAUCUAUUCAGACUGCCUGGUAUGUCCUAGAGCAGAUGGGACAGGAAUGGGUUCCUACCGAGGCUUCAUGGAGGUUGAACGAACGGCAUUAUGGUGCCCUGAUAGGUCUCAACCGGGCUGAAAUGGCUCUCAACCAUGGUGAAGAGCAGGUGAAAAGAUGGCGAAGGAGCUACGAUGUCACCCCGCCUCCCAUCACUGAGUCCCAUCCUUACUAUCACGAAAUCUAUAAUGAUCGCAGAUAUAAGCACUGUGAUGUGCCCUUGGAAAAACUUCCCAAGGCUGAAAGCUUAAAAGAAGUGCUUGAUAGACUUCUUCCCUAUUGGAAUGGGAGGAUAGCACCAGAAGUGAAGAGGGGCAAGACCGUUCUUAUUUCUGCUCACGGGAACAGCACAAGGGCUCUGCUAAAACAUUUGGAAAAUAUUUCUGAUGAGGCCAUAGUCAAUGUCACUCUACCCACUGGCAUCCCAGUCCUCCUUGAGCUUGAUGAAAAUCUGCAGCCACUUGGCAAACAUCAGUUUUUGGGUGACCAGGAAGCAAUCCAAGCUGCUAUCAAGAAGGUGGAAGAUCAAGGGAAAGCCCAACCGGUUGUGGAGAAAUAAAGACCACAAAAAGUACACCUGUCUUUUGCCACAUGUGGUGAAGGAUAGUGCUUCAUGAUUGCACUCUGCCAGCUUUCUUAAUUUAAGUUUUAGUAAGUGAUAGAUGAUGGCAGUUAGAUUUUAGCAGUUCAUCUCCAGGGACUAGAGUUCAGAUCUCAGUACAAGUAAGAGUGGAGCAUCAAUUGGUUACAUUUUAUGUAGAACAAGAGAAUGCUGUUGUAUAAACUUCCCACAUCCUUUCUAUAAGACAGCAAGAAUUGAUGUGCUACAGAUUCAUGCCAACAACCACCAUGAUUUACAGAGAAAACAUCUGAUUUACGUAGGCAAAUUCUCAGGUUUACAAAUGCUGGCCCUUCUCAGGAAUGUUUGAUUCAAAGUAUUGGUUCUCUUUUCUGGAAAAAUUGUGGGAGUUCUUACUCUGUAUAAUUGGAUGUCCUCUGGCACCAUAUUAAUCAAUUUGUUGGAUGUGUCAUUUUUAUUGCAUCAUUGACAGUAUACUUUUUGAAUAAAACCCUUAUUUUUACAUUUAAAAAAAAUCCUCUUACCCAAAUCUUCCAAGAAGUGAUUCUCUCUUCCUCUCUGGCAUGGCUCAUGUUUGUCCUUUCUUCUAUGAUGGUACUUGACUGCAUGGAUUUUAAAUAAAUUUGGGGUGGCUGCAAUCUUGAAAAUUCCCGCAGGUGUAUACAAGGCCCAAAGUAUGUGGUUACCUUCCUCUGCGUCUGGCUUUUUAUAUUUCUUUUUAAAACAAAGUUAAGGUGACAAUUUCUGUGAAGCUUUCUAUGGAACUUAAAAAACAGAACAGUCAGAUGGGCCAUUGACUCCCCACAUCUCCUUGUCAUCAUCCCUUUUUGGCUACCAACAGCUUUUGUCUUUAAUGCAGAAUAUGUAGCACAUUUGUGCUCUCUGCUUCUUUAAAUGCAGUAAUGUUAUGGUAGUGAUUUAGUCAGAAUAAUCUUUCUAGCUCAGUCUGUGUGUCAUUGAAGCUUGAAUGAUGUUUUGGUAAUAAAUUCUUUUUGACACUUGCAAUAUGAAUAGCACAAAGUCAUCUUUUUUUAAAAAAAAUGUUUACUCCAUAUUUCGGCAUCAUGUGGGCUCCAUGGGUCCAUUUGCUGCUGAAAUCUGAUGGCACAGGGCUUUUCUUCUUCUCUAGUCAUAUAGCAGCAGAGAUCUAUGACCUAGGCCUAGGGGAAGUUUGUUUUCCUCUGGAUCUGUCAAAUUUGUUCACUUCUGAUUUAAGAUUUUCAGAGUUAGGGGAUUAGAUUCCAAGAGAGUGACAGAGAAAAUCAGGUACUUUUAUUUAUAGAACAAGAAAUGGGAUGCCUCAAAAUUUAGACUGCACAUGGUCUAAAGGUUUAGGUUAUUGUACACAGAAUGAGAGAGUGACUGUGUACUUCACCCUAUCCUGUGGAUGUUGCUAGGUAACCCACUACCCAUUUUUGGUUUUUAAGUGUAGAUAUUCAUUCAUAUUAAUGUUUGAGUGGUAAAUGAGUCAUGCAUCAUCCUUCUGGUUAAGAUUCAUGUCAUGUCUAGUUGCAUUCUCUUUCUGCUGCCAGAGGAAAAAGUCACAUUGGUCCUAUGCUGUGUGACUUUUCCAAUAUGCAGUUCAAUAGGCCUUUGGAUCCUGUCAAAGCAACCAUAGUACGGGGGCCAUGGGCUUAGAAAUGUCAGAUUGAAAGCUGGAGACUGCUUUUGUUCCUUUAAAGUUGAAUAGAAGAAGAAAUUGCAACAAGUGUUGCUUGCCAAAGAGAGGUAGUGAGCAGUUCCCUCUUCUAUAUACAGUACCCUUUAAAGGUACAGCAACCCUCUCCAGUUUUCACCUGCAACUCCAGGUGGAUUACAUUCAGCCUGUGUCAUGGUUAGGAUGUUGACUACUUCAACUUUCUUAAUAAAAGCUUUAUUCAGGCUAUCACAAUUCCUAAACAUGGAGAGGAGGCAAAGAUGUUUGCUUGCACUGGUCCUGAAUCCUUCCUGUGGAACUGGGGUUCUUGAUUGUGUGAAGCAACUGUAAUCAUGUUCAUGCCUCCCUUGAGGUUGGUGCACAUAUAAGACUACCAGAGUGAAAAGUGGUAUCAGCUCUUGUAUUUUUAAAUGUAUAGAAAAGGGAAUUUCAUCAGGUGUUGCUUUUUUAUCUAGUUCUAUAAGCAACACCUGACAUUUGCACUGAGCAGGGAGUUGGACUGUAUGGCCCAUGAUACCCCCCCCCAGCUGUUAUGUGUCCAGGUUCCCUCUUUGGCACAUCCGUUAAAGAUACAGGAACCAUCUCCAGUCUGGAGAUGCUGCUGCUCACAUCCUCACCUACUUGCUAUAUACACUACUAUGCAAAUGUUGUUUAAUAGGGUUAGUGUGAAGUUCUUGUUACACUGGUUUCAUUGUUCAGUCGCCAAAGGAAAUUUGUAUUUCCAAUCCAGAGAUCAGGGUUAUGCAGUGGAAUGGGUGUUGGUUUUCCCAUCAUGUAGUUUCUGGUCUCAAGGAAUUUCAUAGCCUAUAGCAAAUUGCACUGGCACAGGAGAUUGCAAAAGGCAGUGAUGUGCCCUCUUUUAAUUCCUUAUGUGAAUCCUCUCCACCCGCAAACCUGCAGUGAGGAGACCUAUGCAGGUUGACUACUAUAUAUGUGAUGCUACAGUCACUCUCUCUCCACUCAUCAUGCAUUGGGAUGUGAACUUGUCUUUUGUCAGUUAACAGAGAUAUGUUUAUGAGCAGAGAUCAACUGGUUUCUUUUAUUUUCCAAACUCUGAAGAUGUCACAAAAGUUGUAUUGGUCAGGGUAUUUUUAUGGGGGGUGGUGGGUGGUGGAAUCCCUGGAGUACUGAAAUAUCUACACUGUUUUUUUGCUUAACUAUUGCCCUUAUGUUGUACAAGUGACAAAUAUAAUUUAGUUUGCAUCUACAAAACAA